CCUAAAACCUUUCUGGCUCCGUCUCUCUCCUCGUACUCACCCCUCUAGAAACGCAGCUCUGCUCAAACGCUAAGCUAAGAAGGUGUCUCUCAAUCGGUUUUUCAGGUGCUGCCUUAAGGGUUUGCGAAAAUGCUCGUUCUGUUCGAGACGCCCGCGGGAUUUGCCCUUUUCAAAGUAUUAGAUGAAGGAAAGCUCUCUAAAGUUGAGGACUUGGGGACGGAUUUCUUGACAGCGGACUCUGCCCGAAAGGUGGUUAAGCUAAAGGCCUUCAACAAGUUUGAGAACACGUCUGAAGCUCUUGAAGCAGCUGCUAAGUUGAUGGAGGGAGCUCCUAGCAAAGGCCUGCGCAAGUUCUUGAAAGCUAACUGUGAAGGUGAAGCAUUGGCCGUGGCUGAUUCAAAGCUUGGAAAUGUGAUUAAGGAGAAACUGAAAAUAGAAUGUGUUCACAACUCUGCUGUUAUGGAGCUUCUAAGAGGGGUGAGAAGCCAGCUUACCGAACUCAUUUCUGGUCUGGCUGAUCAAGAUUUGGCUCCAAUGAGCUUGGGUUUGUCUCAUAGCCUCGCAAGAUAUAAGCUGAAGUUCAGUCCUGAUAAGGUGGACACAAUGAUAAUUCAAGCCAUCGGCCUGCUUGAUGAUCUCGACAAAGAGCUUAACACCUAUGCCAUGAGGGUCCGGGAAUGGUACGGUUGGCAUUUUCCCGAGCUCGCUAAGAUUGUACAAGACAAUAUCAUGUAUGCCAAAACAGUUAAAUUGAUGGGCAACCGCACGAAUGCUGCAAAGCUAGACCUCUCUGAGAUAUUGCCAGAGGAAGUUGAGGCAGAGCUGAAGGAAGCAGCUGUCAUAUCUAUGGGAACUGAAGUGAGCGACCUUGACUUGAUGCACAUCCGAGAACUAUGUGACCAGGUUCUGUCUCUUUCUGAGUACAGAGCUCAGCUUUACGACUACUUAAAGAGCAGAAUGAACACCAUUGCCCCAAACCUGACUGCCCUCGUCGGGGAACUUGUCGGUGCUCGUCUAAUCGCUCAUGGUGGUAGUCUGUUGAACCUUGCAAAGCAACCCGGCAGCACGGUUCAGAUUCUUGGAGCGGAGAAAGCUCUCUUUAGGGCGCUCAAGACAAAGCACAACACCCCGAAGUACGGUCUGAUAUACCAUGCAUCGGUGGUUGGGCAAGCGGCACCAAAGCACAAGGGCAAGAUCUCUCGAUCAUUAGCUGCAAAAGCCGCUCUUGCUAUUAGGUGUGAUGCUCUGGGCGACGGCCAAGAUAACAGUAUGGGACUCGAGAACCGUGCUAAGCUUGAGGCACGGUUGAGAAAUCUUGAAGGAAGAGAUUUAGGACGGUUGUCUGGUUCAUCCAAAGGCAAACCCAAGAUUGAGGCCUAUGAUAAGGAUAAAAAGGCAGGAUCCGGCGCUCUCAUCACUCCUGCUAAGACUUACAACACUGCUGCAGACUCAUUUCUCGGGCAAACGCCUAAAUCUGCAGCAGAAGACGAGGAGAAGAAGAGAGAGAAGGAGAGGGAUGAGAAGAAAGACGAGAAGAAGAAGAAGGAGAAGAAGAAAGUAGAAGCCGAAGCAAAAGAAACUGAAACUGAAGAACCAUCAAAGAAGAAGCAGAAGAAGAAAGCAGAAGCAGAAGAGGAUGGCGAAGAGAAGAAGAAGAAGAAGAAGAGAAAGCACGAGGAAGAAGAAGAAGAACCGGAAAUGCCAGCCAAGAAGAAAGAGAAGAAGAAGAAGAAGAAGAGUGAUGAAUGAAAAGAACACAGGACAGAAUUUAGGUUUUGUUGUUAUUAUUUUUUUUUUUUGUUCGUAGGGCGUGUACGGACGUAAAACUCUUCGUCAUUUUGCAUGGUAAGCGUUGUUUGAUCCGUCAAGGUU